AUGGCCGAUAAUCUUGAGAUCCUCGACGCCUUGGUUGCUGACCGGCCUUCAGGACGCUACCGAGAGUUCUUGGAUGACGUGCAGAACCACCCUGAUAAUACACUCGUAGGCCCAGAACCUGGCACGAACGCCAUCAGCCCCCCAUCUUUGAGCAGCUACGUCCCACCUGCAAAGACAGAGACGUGGGUGAAGCCGAGCGGCUGGACAUCGAGGUACGGAGUGUCAAGGAAGACCCCGUACGUAGGAGGCGGCCGGUCUUGGAUAGAUCCCGACUUUCCUCGACUAAACCAUGAUACGUUCGAGCCGAUCAACCCGCCAGACCCCGGCGACACGAUUCCAGAGCCGCAUCCCGAGGACCUUGAUCGCUUGUUGCAGGCCGAAGAGUUGCAACGCCUGGCGCUCGGAGGGAUGCGCACAUGGGAGGCCGUUCUCAUGGUGCAGGAAGAGGAGAACAUGCCGAAGGAGACCGAGCCCCUUGCAUCCAACAGGACGCUUGCCGCAAGUGACAUGAUCGACGAGUCGAAGUGGCUUAGAGUCCUGGGAAAGGAUCGAUGGAUCUGCGACUUUGAAGAAGUUGUCGACGGAGACGGAGAACACAGGAAGUGGUCUGUCGACGAUGCGCUGCUCUGGGGAGAGCUUCGACAAGUGCUUGACAUUGCAAAUCGCAUUCUCAAACAGGCUUCUCACACCAGGUGGAUGUCUACCUUCCUCGAUAUGAGGACGAUCCGCGCCACGAAAAAUGUACAACUGCCCAAAGGCGAAGCAAUCGACCACUUCUGCGAGGAUGUCAAUUUCACCUUUAACUCUGUCAACCGCAAUUCAGAGGCGCCCAACGGCUGUCCUUAUGGAGUGACUGGUCCGCUCGAGAUCGAUGGCCGACAAUCGACCCUGAUCCAGGUCGAUACUAUGGGUGUUCUAUCCCUGAUCAAACCCGGAGUCAGCGAGACAUCAAAACGUCAAGCCAGAGCGCUCCUGGCGAUCACAAUCACUCAUGAGAUACUGCACGGCGUCAGGUUUGGCCAGACCAAUUUCAAUCAGUUGACGGAAAUGCUUCCCGAACCUCACCCUGAUCGCGAGACCUUCAUGUUUAAAGAGCUGCUGUCUGAAAUGGGCGAAUCAUUCGAAAACGCCAUCUUCGGCGGUGUCGCCAAUCUCAGUGCACAUCCCCUUGACGGAUACCGCUUCAGUGGCUCAACCAACGGCGCCGCGCUUCUGGCAUCGAAUGUUAAAUGGCCUAUCCUGAAGCCGAGCGCAUGGGCGUCCCACUCCAUUCGCAUCGAUUUGGAGUAUCCGUAUACCUGUGAGAGCUCGCCGGUGCCAGCUCUGUACACAUGCGCCACGACGACAAAGGAAUUCUGGGAGUCUACUGUUGCGAAGUAUGGCACCGAUGCGCUCCGAAUGCCCAGGGUAUUCGAUACCCGUAUUACGACCGGCUUCGAUGUCUCUUUCGCGCCCGCAGCCUGGAAUCACGACUUGAAGACCAAUGCUUCACUCGAGCGGCCGCUGAAGCAAAUGGCUCGUCGGAUUCAGUAUCGAAGGAAGCAAUACGAAGAGUGGCGGCCGUGGUACAAGGAGGCUUACGACGAAUGGCGAAAUUCUCCCUACGGCAACGUGUGGAGUAGGUUCGACCUAGACAAAGUUCUCAACAAGCAUCUCGUGGGUCGCACAUUCGCAGACGAGCGGGACAUUGCGGAUAUCAUUUCGAGGUGGUCGAACCCUCUCGUCUGGCCAAACUCGGGCCCGGAGGAGCUCCCAUGGCUCUUGGACAGUUACGACAUGAUCGACAAGAGCAACUGGUUCUACCGUGCCCUGUGCAUGCUGAUUACGGCGGUGCUCCCAAUCCGUUUCGAGCCGCUUCACGUGAACCCGCGGGAAGGCCACAUACCGGAACUGGUGAAGAACCCCUGGACUGUUCGACCCUCGGUGCUGGAGGGCCGGCCGGAAGAGGAGCGCGACUUUCUGAACCGCAUUGCGGAUUCGGCGUACCGCGAAUCGGAUCCGAUUGAGAACACGGCAGACUUCGUGCUCAACUUUCCAGGUCACAAACUUGACGGGGAGCAAGGCAAGGAGCCCUACAUCAUCAAGGACCCCCGAUCGCCCCGAGCUCUCCGAAGACACUUCCUCCACGAAGCGGCUGGCUAUUUCAAGAUAUACGAGAAUCUCUGUGCGGCACCACUGGGUCUCAAAGAAGCCUUUGAGGCAGCUCUCAAGGACGUCGCGGCGCAGGUCGGGAAUCUCGCUGAUCCCGAUGUCAACAGAGAGGGCACGUGGCUCAGCCUCAACUUUGCCAUGCCUGGGUAUACUCGCGCGUCGCAAAAGACUUGCCUGUACAAUACCGUCGAGCAGUACCGCCCCAUCUGGGGCCGUGACGCGGAUCCGGACCUGGUUGAUGCGAGCCUGCCCACUUGGGCGCAGAUGGUCGACGUGAUGGCGCCCCUGGAGGACAGGCAUCGCGUUAUGGAUCAGUGGACGCCGACGGACAUCGUGGAGCAGAAUAGUGGAAAUGGCAGACAAGUGUGCAUCAUUGAACGCCGCACCGUCUAUCUGGUCUACUUCUGGGAUGCCGUCAAGCCGCCAGAGAGAAGCCCGCUGUAUGAUGAGUAUUACAGCUGGGUCAGCUUAGGGCGACCAAUUCCGAUGCAGGACGGCGAUCUAAUGCUCGACAUGCAUGUAGCGAACAACAGCGGGCAAUGCAAUCCGGAAGCGUUGAUAGGGCGAUAUAUACCAGAGUAUCGAGAGCACGAGGUGGCCCUGCGUGAUGGACGGGAUGGCCAGCCGUUCUGGAUCGUUCUCGAACGGAACAUUUUUGAUAUCACAAACUGGACUUCUCCAAUCGUCACCGAAGAAGGCCAAAUACCACUGCACACACUCCUGCGCAGCGUGCCGGGUGGGAGCCCUGCACAUAAAGUCAUCAUGAGCCAAUACGAUCUUUCAGAAGUCAGGAGCAGCCUCUGGGAAACCAGAGUCGGUACAGUCUGGGCGGGCGAGAUGCCCAAGACGCGCACCUUUAACGUCUACACUAGGCGUGAGGUGGCAGCCCAUCGAUACCUCCACAAAGAGUGCCCCCUUGGUGCCUAUAUAAUUAUUUGGAACAAUGUCUAUGACGUGACAGAAUGGGCGCGUCUGCAUCCGGCGGGCAUCCAGCUGAUUGCACCGCACGUGGGAAAGGAUGUAUCGGACAUGUUUAGAGAAAACCACAACUACCUUGCUAUCCUGAGUGCCAUCGAGCAUCUUCGCAUCGGCCGCAUCGUACCCGAGCACGACCCUAACAAAAGGGUUCCGCCUCACACGUUUGCGCAUCACGACACACUCAUAUCCUUCCAGCCAGAUUGGAUCCAGGAUACAGCUCGUGGGGAAGUCUAUCGAAGCCUUUGGAACGAGCACAGCCCAUGGGCCAUAGACGACGAAGGCAUCUUCGCGGAUCGCCACCACUACAGCCUCGAAAAGAGGAGAGUGAUCGAGACAAUGAGGGGGUCGAUGGAGCUUAUCACGCACAAGAUCCGCAGGCCCCCGUUCGAGGACGUGGCGCAGAUGUUGCCUGCCAUCUUGGAAGACUUCAAUGGCCAGAGGAUCGACGAAUGGACUCUCGCAUUGGCCUUUGUUGCUGUUGAUGAGUGGGUGUACGACGUGACGAACGUCAUGAGAUAUGGCAUCGAGGAAGAAAAGGCCAAGCUCAGCCCGUGGGUAGGUCGCGCCAUCGACGACGAAGAAAUCAGGAAUUGGGUCAUCGAAACCUUUGAGUUUGCCGUCGUUGCGCAGCUGGUCGAAGAAAUCACCGAGGACCCUGACGAGUGUGAGAAUUGGGACCCUCGGAUACCAGAUCACAAGCCCGAUCAGAUUUAUAAGAAACUUAUCAACCUCGUCGCCUCGUCAGGGGCGAAGCCACAGAAGAGGAAGCGCGAAGAGGAAGACACAACGGAGACGACAGAAGAUCGAAUUGCGCCCAUCAAGAAGCCCAAGCUAGAUUCAGAGGGAAGCGAGGCGUCGGACGACAGCUUCACGAAAUACUUUGAGCCGUCAGCCGAGGAUUCGGACGCUGACGUCCACCAGUGGGGGAAAGCGAUGAUGGCUUCCCUUGCUCCGGGAGAUGGGGGCGAUGAUGGCGAGCCACCGGAUGACCGCCCAACAGAGCGCAAUGAUCCCUGGAACAGAGAAGCCAAAGCUCCCAAUCGUUCGUCGUCUUCCUCGCCCGGACGAUCUAGCCGACGGACAGCUUCAGGCCGCGCAAGAGGCAACGCAGCACGGGGUUCGGGCAGCUCAAGCCCCUCGCGGCCUCGCACGCCAGACUUUGACCCCCUGGACAUCAUCGAUCAGCGGGCGCUCCAAGACAGCCUGCGAAGCAGACUAACUACGCUGGCCGACAGGUCCAAGAUUGCCAAGCCCGCUCAACGACGAGGCGCACGGCGCGCCCAAGCCGAAGCGUCACGCAGCUCGCCCGGGUCCUCGAGCCGAAGCACCACCACGACGCCCGAGAAAGGCCGCACGAGCCCCUCCAAGGCCCGACCGGACCCCGAAACACCCACCCGCGGCCCCGCGAGACGCGCCCCGGCCCAGCAGCAGCCCGCGUACAGCGCGCAACCGCGCGAGAACCUGCCCGCGGCUGGUGGGGGCUGGCUCACCGAGAGCGAGAAGCGGCGGCGCGCCAUCGACGAGGUGCUCUACCGCGAGCAGGCGCCCGCGGCGCGUGUCGUGGCCGGGACGGCGCGGCCGAUGGGUGCCCGGGAGAUGAGCAUGAUGCGGCGUGCCGUGAUGCAGGUUGAUGCCGAUCGCGAGCGGAUGAUGCAGUGGAAGGACACGCGGGAGACGAAGCAGAUCCGGCCUUCGCUCGACGCCCUGACCAAGCUCGCCGUCGACCGCGAGGAGGAGCGGAAUAUCGAGAUCGAGGAGGGGAAGAGAGCGGAGGUAUGGCUGGCGGAACAGCGGGAGAAGGCAGAGGCCGACUUGGCCAAGGGACCCGAGAUGCCGACGAGUCAGCCCGCCGCCCCGGCGACGUCUGUGUCGCUUCCCAUCGUGGGCGGCCCGAGGCCCUCCCCCUCGGAUGCACCCACGCUGGAGAGCCUCGCGCUGGAGAGGCUUGCGCAGGGCAGUCUGGCGGCGGCGAAGCUCGAGCAGGAGACGGAGGAAUACCAACGGCUCUGCGUCGUUCUCAACGGCAGCAUCCCCCAGUUCGGCGCCCCCUUCGGCUUUGCCAGCAAGGAAGAGCGCGCCCGCGAAAAGGCCAGCCUCGCCGCCAGGCUCGAGAAAGAGGCCCCAACAGGGAAAAAGGGUCCCGCCAAGGGCCCAAGGACGGCGCCAGAUGAUCCUGCGCGGGCGGCGGCACGGCGGGAUCUCGAGAGGAGGGCCGCGGCUGAGUUUUCCGACUUUGAGGCUAGAGGCCUCAGGGGACAGCUGCAGCCGCGGGAGAUGAUCCCCGUGCUCCGCGAGCGGUUGCGCCGACAGAUCCUCAGGCGCACGCCACAGUACAGUAUAGGCAUUCGUGGUCAUAUGGAGCGGGCAUUGGCACGGGUCAAUCUUGCCGACUAUAGGCCGAGGGGCAGCACCUACGUGCACAAUGAGGAAGAAGAAGACAUUUACGGCCCGUCGUAG